AUGACCCUGACGGUCUGGUGGAAAUGGCUUUCGGUCAGGGUUCUCCUCGCGGCCUGGUCCGCACAGCUCGGCCACUGCUUGGCAGUCGAAGGCCAGCGGCAUGUCCAUCUCGAUAGCGAAGGACAUCUCCGAGUGGCCCCGGCGCCAGCACCAGCCAUGGCCGCCUCACCGGCGCCCGCGGGUGCCAUGGCGGGUGCGCCGGCGCCUGUGGAAGUAGCUGGACCCAGGAAGCAGCAGCCGCUUUUCCCGGUCAAGUACAACUUAGACCUGUCCGACCUCAAGGAAGAGGAGGGGCUCACGAUCGUCUUCGACAAGACCAUCCGAGCCCUGAAGCUGGAAGCUGGUAUGUUGCCCCAAGGCGGCGUCGCCUGGGGAAAGUAUCACGACAACAUCCACACCACCGGAUGGUCAGAGUUGCAGGUCCAGACGGCAGACGAUCUCGCCAUGUCGAACGACAUUAAGAUGUAUGCGGCGGGCUACAUUGAAGGCCUCCUGACGUGCGUGCGCAUCUCCGAGUUCUAUGCCAACAGCCAGAAGCUCCUUCUGGCAAAAGACAAGACGGCGAAUGCUUUGCCGGGCAUCCGCACGCUCUUCAAGAACCAGAUGGCUCACGCGCGCUUCAUGACAAACAUGGAGUCCCACGUCUUUGCAGAGGAGCCGAAGGACCCCUAUUGGAAGCAGGUGCGCUACACGUUCUUCCAGAUGUGGGGUCUUCUGGAUGGCUACAAUGCCGCAUCCGUUCGCUUCGGUGGCGAGAUGCUGGAGCUCGAUGACAUGCUCUUCAUGAAUGCCGGAGGUGAGCUUCCGCAGCUGAUGCAGGCCUACACUCCUGAGAGGAAAGAACACAGGUCUGCUCGGUCGCAGGCACCUUCCUUCCUGCAGCGGAGUCAGAGCCAGCAGGCCGAGGACGUCCUCGACGAUGCGCACUGGGAGCGUCGCCUCGUCGAGAGUGGCCGGUGCUCGGCGCUCGUUCGUCUUGCGGAUGGCGACGCGGACCUCUACAUGGGCCAUGCUACCUGGGACGACUACAGCAAGAUGAUGCGAAUCUUCAAGUUCUACAACUUCUCGCUUCCAGAAGCCGAGACUGCGGCGACCAAAAUUUCGUUUUCAUCCUACCCGGGUGUCAUCACAAGCACAGAUGACUUCUACGAGAUGAACAGUGGUCUUGUUGCAAUGGAGACGUCCUUGGUCAUCCUGGACCAGAAUGUCUGGGAUAAGGUGCUGGACUUCCCGCGCUUCAAGAGCAUCCCGAACUUCAUGCACCUCAUGGCCGUGAAUCGCUUGGCCAAGUCCUCCCCAGACUGGGUGCAGCGCUUCUCCCGGACCAACACCGGCACUUUCGCGGCUCAGUGGAUGGUUGCAGACUACAACCAGUUCGAGAGCGGCAAGCCAUUGCCCGAUGGCAUGUUCUGGGUGGUGGAGAUGAUCCCCGGAGCCUCGGAGAUGCAGGACAUGAGCGCACAUCUGCGCGAGCACAGGUAUUGGGCAUCCUUCAAUCGCCCCUUCUUCGGCAAGACCCGCGAGCUGUCCGGCUUCAGCAUGGCCGAGAGGACGCACGGCUCUCUUUACUCCUACCAGGGCAACCCCCGUGCCUACGCAUUCAGCAUGGUGGCACCGGCGAUCAAUGCUUUGCCAGAGAUGAGGGAUGUCAUGACCCAGAAUGCGUAUCCUUACGGGAGCCCCCCGAAUGAUCCUGGGCACCAGAUUUCCGCACGGAUGGACCUGAGCCCUAUCCUGAAGUUGCCGAAUGGAGGCAUCGAUGCGAAGGUGGUGAACCGCUGCUUGCUGAAGAAGCUCCAGGCCCAGGCCAUCAGUGGCCCGAGCCACCAAAGGCACGAACCUUUCCGGUGGAAGGCCGAGGAUGGUACGGAGCUUUGGCCACAGUACCCUCAUUUCGGCCUGCCCAACCUCUGGAACUUCGGAUAUGUGCAGCUUGCCCAGUUUGGGCAGAUGGCCAUCACGGACGAGAGUGACUGCUGA